AAGGUCACACUGAAGGUUGCAAUUUUUUGUCAAUCACUUUCUCAGACAAAAAAUUUUCAUUUAAAAACAACACAAAAUGGCAUCACACGACGAGUUGAUUGCACAAUUUAUAGAAAUAACCGGAACGGACGAGAACGUGGCACGUUUCUACCUGACCAGCUGCGACUGGGACAUAGAGCAAGCUUUGGGCAAUUACUGGAGCACCCAGGCGGACUUGCCGCCGCCGGCACAAACAGUUGGGCAUGCCGACAAUCCAGCUCCGAAACCCACUUCGAGCACAGCAGCGCCGGCAGCAGCUGGGACGUCAUCGGCGAAGUCCGCUCCCAAGAGCACCAGUACCGCCGCUUCAGGUUCUGCUGAUGUAGCACCGCCGGGACCAAAGGCCAAGCCAAAAUUCGCCACACUAAGCGACAUGUCCAAGGAGCCGUCGAGCGACGAUGAACAGCAAGCCUUCUAUGCCGGUGGCUCGGAUCGUUCUGGACAACAGGUUCUGGGACCGCCGAAGCGCAAGAAUUUCCGCGAGCAGCUGACCGACAUGAUGCGCUCGGCACAGGAGCAGAAUAUCGCCGAGGUGGGUCCGUCCACCAGCAGUGCCGGCAGCAGUAGCGCCGGUGGUGGCAACGUCUGGGGCCAAGGCAUGCGACUGGGCAUGACCGACAAUGAUCACACCGCUGUGGGAACCAGCAGGCCUCCACAAGGGGGCGAGAACAAGCCUGUGGUGGUGCUGAAGCUCUGGAGCCAGGGCUUCUCUAUUGAUGGCGGCGAGCUGCGUCACUAUGAUGAUCCCCAGAACAAGGAAUUCCUUGAGACUGUCAUGCGCGGGGAAAUUCCACAGGAGCUGCUGGAGAUGGGCCGCAUGGUCAAUGUGGAUGUGGAGGACCAUCGCCAUGAGGACUUUAAGCGCCAAGCCGCGCCUCUAACCUUCAAGGGAUCGGGCCAGAAGCUGGGCAGUCCAGUGGCCAAUGUGGUCACCGAAUCGCCAUCAGUUCCAGCAGCUACAUUGUCGCCUGAUGAUGCCGCCAAUCAGGAGGCCAGUGCCCGUGAUGCCAUCAACUUGAAUUCCGAAGCGCCGUCCACCACACUGCAGAUUCGGCUGGCGGAUGGAUCGCGUCUAGCUGCGCAAUUUAAUAUGUCCCACACGGUCUCCGACAUCCGUCGCUUCAUCCGAACAGCACGCCCUCAGUACUCAACCAGUAACUUUAUCUUGGUGUCCUCGUUCCCCACUCGCGAACUGAGCGACGACAACUCCACCAUCGAGAAGGCUGGCCUCAAGAACGCCGCACUCAUGCAGCGCCUCAAGUAACCCCUAGGCUAAGUACGCGAAGAGCUCUCCCAAUGACUGGAUGAGCGGGUCGACUAUUAUGAAUUAAUAAAGCAGGAUUUGGUACAUUCGGGCCGAAUCUAGGACUAUAAGUGUCUAUUA